AUGAUAGAAUCAAUGAAUGGUGGAAAGGUAUGGUUACCUUGUCCUGAAAAUGGUUGGACUUCUGGAGAGAUCAUAGAUGAAACAGCAGAAACUAUCAUUGCCAAAGAUGAAAAUGGAAAAGAAGUGAAUAUUUCAAGAGCUGAUUUGAAGAUGCAGAAUCCAUCAAUACAAGAAGGUAUUGAUGAUAUGACAAAUUUAUCAUAUUUACAUGAACCAGCAGUUGUUCAUAAUUUAAUUAGAAGAUAUGAAUUAAAUACAAUUUAUACAUAUACUGGAACGAUUUUAAUUGCUAUCAAUCCAUAUUGUAAAUUGUCGCUAUAUACAAAGGAGAUGAUCGAUAGCUUCUGUGAUCAACCGAUUGCAAAGCUACCACCACACGUCUAUGCAAUUGCAGAGGCAUCCUAUAGGGAGAUGUUGAAUCACCAGAAGAAUCAAUCGAUUUUGGUCAGUGGUGAAUCCGGUGCCGGUAAGACAGAGUCCACUAAGUUCCUGCUGCAGUAUUUCGCGGCCAUGGGCGAGAAGAUGGGUCAAUCACAACAAGAGACCGCCGAGAACAACAACAUCGAAUCACAAGUCAUCAAAUCGACACCGAUUCUCGAAGCAUUCGGUAAUGCCAAGACGCUGCGAAACGAUAAUUCCUCUCGUUUCGGUAAGUUCAUACAGAUUCACUUUGAAAAGUCGCGUGGAACGAUUGUCGGUGCCUACUUGGAGACCUAUCUCCUCGAGAAAUCGAGAAUAGUUAAACCACCACAAAACGAACGUUCCUUCCAUAUCUUCUAUCAGUUUUUGCUCGGUGUUUCCGAGCAGACCAGAGCGGUACUACAUACCACUACGGACCCGCUCGACUUUUACUAUCUUAGCCAGAGUGGAUGUCAUGAGAUCGAUGAGGUCGACGAUAAAAAAGUAUUCGAAAAGACAGAGAAAGCACUGAGAGUCGUUGGAUUCACAGAUGACGAUCUACUUGGUGUCUGGAAGAUUUUGGCUGCUAUUCUACAUUGUGGUAACAUCCAAUUCAAAGAGAAAGACGAAAACACCGCUGAAUUGAUUGAAACAUCAACAAUCCAAAGUACAUCACAAGAAUACUCGCCACUCUCCAAAGUCUGCCAACUACUUGGUUGCAACAUAGAUACAAUUAAAAAUACAUUAUUACAAAGACAAAUUAAAGCUGGAAAUGAAUCAUAUACUAUUCCAUUAACAUUACAACAAGCUAAUGAUGCAAGAGAUUCAUUAUCUAUGUAUUUAUAUUCAAGAUUAUUCGAUUGGUUAGUCUACAGAAUUAAUCAAUCCAUUGAUAAAAAGAAGAAAGAUUAUUUAUUUAUUGGUAUAUUAGAUAUUUAUGGAUUUGAAUCAUUUGAACAAAAUUCAUUCGAACAAUUCACAAUUAAUUAUGCAAAUGAGAAACUACAGAAUCAGUUCAAUCAUCAGAUAUUCAAGUUAGAGCAACAAGAGUAUGAUAAGGAGAAAAUCGAUUGGUCGUAUAUAGAGUUCAAUGACAAUCAAGAUUGUAUUGACUUGAUCGAGAAGAAACCACUCGGAAUUCUUUCGAUUCUCGAUGAAGAAACACAAUUCCCAAAGGCUACACCUGCCACCCUAAGCACUAAACUCUACAGCAAUCAUCAGAAAACAAAACACUUUGAGAAACCAAGAUUCUCAAAUAUUCAUUUCACAAUAGAUCAUUAUGCUGGAAAGGUUGAUUAUGAUACUACGCUAUUUUUAGAUAAAAACAAGGACUUCAUCAUUCCAGAACAAGUUAUGGCUUUGAAUGCAAGCAAUUCCGAUUUCUUUAAGAAGGUGGUGGCUACCAGUGGUGCUACUGCGGCAGAUCAAAAGAAAUCGGGAACAUCGUCUGCUGGAUCGGGUCGGCUGAUCUACGAGAACUUCUUUAAGCGUUACAAACUGCUCGCUGCCAAGGAGUUGGCCGGUGACCAGAAGCUGCUAAAGGAUGCCAAGAAGGGCUCGGAAGUUCUCAUUCAGAAACUGAGAAUCAACAACGAUAUGGUGCAGUUUGGUUUGACAAAGAUCUUUUUCAAGUCGGGCAUUGUUGCGAAUCUCGAGCUGAUACGUGGCGACCUGAUGAAGAAGUCGGCAAUCAUGAUUCAGAAACACUGGAAAGGAAUGUUAUGUAAACAACGCUACAGAAAGCAGAGGGAUGCCGCUCUACUAUUGCAAACACUGCUGCGUUCCACCGCGGCCAAGAAAGUAUGUUCCGAUAUCGUUGAAGAACAAUCUACUCUGCUGCUGCAAACGGUUAUCAGAUCGGUGUUGGCUGCUAUGGAGUUUAACGAAACGGUGCGUGCCGCUACACUACUACAAACUGCCAUGAGAAGUUCUGUUGCCGGUGAAGAGCUGAGAGAGUUGAAUAAGAAUGCUGCUGCCGUUGUGUUGCAAGACUACAUUAAGUUGUAUCAACAACAAAACUACUUCAAGACACUGUUGUUUGCCACUACCGCUGCACAAGCGAGAUGGAGAGGAAAGUUGGCAAGAAGAGAGUAUCGCCAGUUGAGAAUCGAAGCUAGAUCAUUGUCGAAUGUCGUUGCCGAGAAGAACAAGCUUGAGACCAAAGUCGAGGAGUUGCAAUAUCGUCUCAAAGCAGAGCAAAAGAUCAAGGAGAAAGAACAAGAGAAACUCAAGAGUGAUGUUAAACAACUACGUUUACAACUCGACGAGAAGAAUGCCAAGCUGUCGGAAUCCGCUCAACAAGUACAAUCGAUGUCAUUGAGAAUCAAGCAGUUGGAAGAGGAGCUAGAGGAAAGCAACAGACUAGUACAACAAGCUGCCACUUCGCAAGCUGUCACCUCACAAUCUGCAAGAUUGGCAGUCGAACCAACACUAGCACCACCACUGAUAAAGAGAACCGACGACUAUGACAAACAACACCAAAGAAGUACUAGUCCAGUUGCAAGUGAAGGUGCUCCAACAACUCCAAAUCCAACACCAACACCAUCGGAAACCAGUGAGAACAUCUUUGAUGUUGUUUCAUCGGAUGAAGAAGUUGAUGAAGAUGAUAAUGAUUCACUCUCGGAAAUAGAACUAUCUCCACAACUAUCAUCAAGUCGUCAACAUCAACAACAACUUCCACCACCACAAAUUAUCAAGGUUACCGAUGAAAAACUUGAACAAGAAGUAUUGAUUCUUCGUGAGAAAGAUCAUACUAAUCAAUUGGAAAUUGAUCAGUUGAACAAGAAGAUCGCAGAGUUGAAACAUCAAUUGGAACAUGCUGCUGCUGCUGCCGUGUCAACCAACAACAGCCGUCAAUCUCUCAGCUCGUCAACUUCCAAUUUGAAUACACCACUUUCACCAACCAAUGACCCUACUUCCGUUCGCUCCAUCUCCUACAAAGAUUUCGAUCAAUCCAUAACUAAAGACGCUUCACCUCCAGCACCAAGAUCACGCUCACCGUCUGUCACUGUCAACGGUAUUCCAGACUUGAUUGCAGCACUGGAGAUCAACAACAAUCAAGUGGGUGCAGGUCGAUUCCUCAUCGAUAACAUCGUACUCAAAGAGAAUCUGGGAUUCGUCAACGGAACACUCCCAGAGCCUGGAUUCAUCUUUACCCGUUGUUUCCUCGAGGAAGUUCUCACCAUUGGAAAUCCAGUCAAGUUGGAAAUGGCCUAUUAUUUCGUUGAUUCGACUCUCAAGACAACGAUCUGCUAUGCUACUGGUUCUCAAACAUCUCGUUCCUCUACUGUUUGGUUGAGCGAUCGACUCCACACAUCGAACCGCCAAACAACCACAGUCGUCAAUCGAUGGAAGUCCUACAAAUCAAGACACUCCUUCAGAACCUGGUGA